AUGCUCCCGGUGCGCUCGGUGCUCCCGGUCCCGGUGCUCUCGGCGCUUCUUCUCGCGCUCUGGGUCGUGUUUUCUGGAGCGUCGUCGUCGUCGUGUCCGAGCGGCCGCUUUUCCCUCAGAGGCCAGUGCGUCCUGUGCCACCCGAGCUGCUCCGAGUGCAGCGGACACGAGCUCUUCCAGUGCACCGCGUGUGGAGUGGAUGAAGACGGCGUGGAGCGUUUCCUGUACCACGGCCGCUGCGUCACCCACUGCCCCCGGAGCCUGUACCCAGACCGCGGCCUGUCCUCCUGCCUGCCCUGCGUCCACAACUGUGAACUGUGCACCGACGCCAGCAUCUGCGCCAAGUGCCAGGACAAGUACAAGCUCCAGAGCGGGCGGUGCCAGCCGGCCACCUGUGACAUAGGCCAGGUGCAGGACCCGGACACAGGGGAGUGUGUGGGCUGUGAGCCGGGCUGCAGGACGUGCUCCACAGAAAAUCGCGCCGUCUGCAACAGCUGCAAUGACGGAUACUUUCUUUUCAGGUCGAAGUGUCGGAGACAUUGUCCUCAGCGCACAUACACAGACUCCGAGGGGCGGAGCUGUGUACAAUGCCCCGCCCCCUGCUCCGACUGCAGCUCCAGCUCCUGCCUCUCCUGUCUGCCCAGCCACUUCCUCAGCGGAGGGACGUGUGUGAAGCUGUGUCCUCCGCAGACCUUCGGUGACACCAGUGGGUGGCGCUGUGAGCCCUGUCACUCUUCCUGUCUGUCGUGUCGGGGUCCGGGGCCCUCGGACUGUGAGCUGUGUCAGGAAGACGCCGCUCCUGUGAGGGGCCAGUGUCCAGGGCUCAGAUGUUCCCCGGGAAAGUACUUUAACGUGAGAGAUGGAAUGUGCUCAGACUGUGACAUUUCCUGCCAGAGCUGCUUCGGUUCUACGUCUCUGGACUGUUCCUCCUGUUUCAAAGGAUUCUUCUUGGACCAGGACGGCUCGUGUGUGGAGCAGUGUCCCUCCGGCUCCUUCUCUAACUCCGUCCUGGGCGUGUGUGAGAACUGCGCCCCCUACUGUGAGCUGUGUGCAGACUCCAGCGACAACUGUGUGAGCUGCUCCAAACACGGACAGACGCCGUUCCUCCACCAGGGCAAGUGCUGGUCUGAGUGCCCCGACGGUUUGUUCGAGUCGGAGGAGGGCCUGUGUGACCCGUGUGACGCCCCCUGUCAGACGUGUGACGGGGGCAGUUCUCUGUGCCUGUCCUGCUCAGAGGGGCACGUUCUGGAGGGGAGGAGCUGCAGACUCAACUGUUCUGAGAGGAUGUUCCGCUCCGAGGAUGGGACCUGUAAACACUGCCUCGCCCACUGCGACGUCUGCUCCGACCUGCACACCUGCACCAAGUGCAGUUUCUUGUACCUGAUGCUGGACGGAGUGUGCAGGGCCAGUUGUCCUGAGUGGUACUACGAGGACAUGGAGGGGGGCCGCUGCGAGCCGUGCCACCCGACCUGUGCCUCCUGCUCCGGGCCCCUGGGAGACGACUGCGACUCCUGCUCCUCCACCAGCCCCAUGCUCUACAAAGGCGCCUGCUUCAGAGAGUGUCCGAGCGGAACGUACUACCAGACCACAGCCAAAGAGUGCCAAGAGUGUCAUCAGACCUGUGCCAGCUGCCGGGGCCCCGAGCCGAACCAGUGCACAGAGUGUGAGCGGGGCCUCGUCCUGGACCCCAGCUCCCUGCUCUGCGGGGUGACGGGUGAAGCACAGUGCCCCCUGGGGACGUACCUGGAGAACGACGGGUUCACCUGCUCCAGCUGCCGCCGGGGCUGUUUGUCCUGUGAGGGGCCCCAGAUCUGCUCCACCUGCGCGGCCCCACACCACCUGCACAAUGGCACAUGUGUCCGCUCCUGCCCCGCCGGCACAUACAGCUCCACGCAGGACGCAGACGGGCACCAGCUGGGCUUCUGUCUGCCCUGCGACCCCGUCUGUGCCACCUGCUCCGGGGCGUCGGCCAAAGACUGUGUGACCUGCUCCCCGGGGCACCUGCGCCUCCUGCACCUCUGCGUCACCCACUGCCCCACAGGGUUUUACAGAGGCGGCUCCGAGUGUAAGAAGUGCCAUCACUCGUGCGUCAUGUGCUCAGGCCCCGGUCCAGACUCCUGUAGAGCCUGUGCGCCCCCCCUGCUGGAGAUACAAGGAACUAACCUGUGUGUGGAGCACUGCCCCCAGCGCUUCUACCAGAGCGGGCAUCUGUGCCGGCAGUGCCACAUCAGCUGCCAGACGUGCUCAGACUCGUCUCCUCAGUCCUGUCUCUCCUGUGACGAUGGAAACACUCUGAAGGACGACGUCUGCUUCCCUCGCUGUCAAGAGGGGACUUACUCUGAACAGGAGCGCUGUGAGCCCUGUGACCCCUCCUGCCGUCACUGCUUUGGCCCCGGAGCUCAGCGCUGUGUGAGUUGCCAUGACGACGCCGGUCUGCACGCCGUGGAGAGCCGCUGCGCCCCCUGCUGCUCGAGCCACAGAAACACGACCGGCUGCUGUGUGUGUGACAUCCGCACAGCUCUGUGUGUGGAGGCUCCUGCGCCCAGACGAGGAUCAGACCAGGACACCGACCUGAGCUCCGCCUCCAGAGUCCUGAAGCACACGUCCGCCGCUAUGCCCCUCGUCCUGCUGCUCGCUCUGGGCGUGGUCUGCGGAGGGGUGGUCCUGUACCGCGCCCGUUCCAAGAGGACGAUGUGCUGGAAGCGGAACUACGAGAGGCUGAGCGGCAGCGCCACGGAGGCCAUGCCCCACGGCGUCCCGGAGCCCGACAGCUGCGACGACGUGGACGUGGUCUACACCAGCAAAGGCGGAUGUGUGUACAGGAGAUACAGCUUCAGCUACGAGCCAGAACCAUAG